AGGAAACUUAAACAAGCUAAGAUGCCUUGGUGAUCAUGGAUUGAUUUUUGUUGUACGAAUGUUGAAGUGUUCAAACGCCAUCAUCAGCUGAACAAGUUCACACCUUGCGAUCCAAACAAUUGUCAGUUUUAUAUUACUCAUCCGGUAGUACAUGUAAACUUCUCACUUAUGAUGGAAGUGACAAAACAGGCAACUAUUGGGCCAGAUUCAUGGAAAGUGGCGAGCGUUAGGAAUAUUCGCCUAGCUCAGACAGUUGUUCAACGCAGCGAUAAAUUUAACGAUUUAGGACGACAACUAGACCCACUGCCUUCACUGAGAGACAGCUGUAUCCAGCAAAGCAAUGCACAAAUUCAUAGCUAUGUCAGAGAAACCCGUUCCGUUGUUGUCAAGCUGAAAUAUUGCUUGCUUGAGACAGAAGAGGAAAUAAAGUCACUUUUGCGUGGAAAAGAAAACCUUGAGAAAACCCAUGAACAUAUACGAAAAGACAUUUUGCUGAACAAUAAUUCCCACAUGAGGAGGCAAGCCAGGCCAGUUAGAGAGAGGAAACUUGAUGGAGCAGAUGACUUGCUAGCAGUGGAAAAAGAGCAGUUGCUGAAAUUGAAAAGAAUUCUUGAAUCUAAGCUAAGAUCAGUCCAAAAACAGCUCCAAGCACUUGAUAAUGCAAGGAAAAGAAUCAAAGCUAUUAUAUCAGAAAGAAGCAGAGUUUUGGAUUUGAUUUGUCACUCAGUUUCAUCAGCCAUUCCUGCAACAACCUCAAGUGAUAGCAUUUCGGUUGGUAAAAGAUCUACUGUUAGAUAUGCUCCCAUGGAAACAGACCCAUUAGGACCUUGCACUCCAGAGGUAACUGAAGUUAUGUCACUUGCUGCAGAUGCUCGAAAAAGAUCUGUUACUUUGAGAAAGGAAGUAACAGAGACUAUAGACCAAAUACAAAAAUUGCAAAAAGCAGCACAUAGAAGUGUCAAUGAUGGGUUAACAAAGAAAGUUUCAGAAACAACCACUAUGAAGCAACACUUGCAAAUGACCUCUGGAGAGAUAAGGAUGGCAAGACAUAGAGGGGAAAGGUGGCAUUAUGCAACAGAUGUUGCUCGAGGUUACACUUUGGGCCCAGUCACUUCAAAAGAUUUGGAGACAAGAGAGCGAUUAGAUCGUCCUACAGUAUCAACUUUCCAAAGACAUCCAGGCACCCAGUUACCUGAAGCGCAGGAGAUAAUUGAGGGAAACAAUGGUUUAAAAGAGUCACUUGACGCCAUUGGUAGAAACAUUGCACUACUGAAACUGACACAGAAUCGACUGAAGGAAGAUAUUUCUGAUAAGAACAAUGGAGCCCAAGUUGAUUCAAGUGUUGUCAGGCUACGUAGAAGGAAGUAUGACCACCGAUGGGUCAUAAGUGGCAUUGAAUGUUGACAUGAUAGUAAAAUUUUAGAAACUGGUGUAAUAAUCGAAACAUUAAAUUUGUGAUUUUAUUUCUAUUUUGAAUGCUACACAAAUCGAUGAAAAUUAUAACUAUAGUGGCACUGAUAACUGAAAUAAACAUUUAUUUAUAAAUAUUUGUAGACAUGAUAAGCAUAACCUGUAUAUCACCCAUCCCAUUAAAUAUGUUUCUGUUGAUAUUGUGCUGAUGGAAAAAGUA